UCAUGAAAAAAUACUUUAAGACAUUGUAGCCUCGACCUCGAAAUAACUUUCCUACAGACGCACCCACUUUAUCGCAAACUCCUUUAAAACGUAAAAUUCUUUUAAUUUGCUCUUCGUCCAUCGACCGAUAAUUUUAGCAUUCUUUCGUUCAAUAUUUGAUCUAUCUAUUUAUCUACCUUAUUUACCGCAUCUACCGUAUCCAUAUAAACAUCUUCACAUAUCAUAAUGCAAAUGACAUUGGCACGGAUCUCGAUCGACUAUCCUAAACUGCAUUCAUAUUUCCGUAUCUGUCCCUGAACCUGUAAGAACAGCUUGUGUGCCAUUCGUUACCGAGCGUCUAUAUAAGAACGGAGGACGUCCUAUCGCAAAGCGCAGUGUUAGAUUACCACCUCGACGUUGUCGACGCAAUACAACGAGCAUAUCGAGUCGUUGAUUUAACCACGAAAGAAAGACUUCUACCAUUCGUUUAUUUCAUUUAUUUCGUUUCUAGCUUCUAUCUAGCUAAUUAGUUUCUCACGAAAAUACAAUAUACUUGCAUAUUAUAUUAGCUUAUACAAAUAUACACACACACAUAUGUAUAUAUGUAUAUAUAUAUAUACAUAUAAAUAAAUAAAUAAAUAAAUAAAUUCACUGUUUAUUUACGGAUUUGUUCGGUGAUCGAUAAUAAAGAGAAUUAAAAGUUCAUCAAUCAUGGAGACCAUUUUGGCGAACAAGUUGUCUUCUACCACUCGAAUUGGUGACUCUAACAUCGAGCAGAAGGGCAAAACAAAUUUUGCUAAAGAUACUAAGAAAAUGACGAGAUACACGUUGGCGGAUUCCGCCGAUUCCGUGAUGAACACCGCUAUGGAUUAUCACAUUGAAAUUAUAACGAGGGACGACAAGCACAGGGUAUUGAAAUUCCUCAGGAGGUUCUUCUUCCGAGACGAACCUCUUAAUCACAAUAUCGCUCUUAUACCGGAAGGAGAAGAUAGUACUUGUCUCGAAUUGGAAGAUUAUUGUAGUAAAUCUUCUCUUGAAAACAAUCUAAGUUUUAUGGCUGUAUCAUCAACCGGUGCCAUCAUUGGCGUUUUAUUAAAUGGAAAAGCAGAGCCCUGCGAGGAAGACGAACCAGAGUACAUAGAAAACUGCGAAAAUCUUAAAUUCAGAAAAAUAUUAAGGUUUUUGCAUUACGUGGAUAAGAAAGUCAACGCUGAUGGAAGAUUUCGAGAUCAAAAUGUAUUAGAAAUAAGAAUAAUCUCUGUUGACACUAAUUGGAGAGGCAAAGGUAUUGCCAAAGCUCUUAUUGAAAAAACAACAGAGAUCGCUAGGGAACGCGGUUUUCAUGUAAUGCGAGCUGAUUGCACGUCCAUGUUUUCUGGAAAAUUAUGCGAACGACUUGGUUUCGAAGAAAUAUAUCAAUUAAAAUAUUCCGAUUAUGUCGACGAAAAUGGAAAACCUAUUUUCACACCUGCUCUUCCACAUACGGCUGCUACCUCGUAUAUCAAAAGAUUAUAAAAUAAUUUUUGCGACCGAAAAUUAUGAAAAGAAUAACUAAUCUAAUGUUAAGUAAGAAAAAAAAAGAAAGCAACAAUUGAGAGAGAAGAAGAUACGUCUUUGGAUCUUUUAGGUCCAAACUAAAAGUGUAAAUAUAAAUUUAAUAUGAUUUUGUCAAAUCAUUGUAUAAUAAUUCUUACUGUAAAAAAGAAAAUUCGUUUUUUGGCGAACGUUUAGUUAAAUUGUAUAAAAUAUUCUCACAUUUAUAUGCAUUUUAAUCUGUACAGUAACGAAAUCAUAGAUGAAAUCUAUUAAAAUUUAUGAAUUUUCAUUUCUUUUACUUUUAUUUAACGACAAAAAUACUUUUCAUUAUUAGUUGUAUAUGUUUAUCUAUACAAGACGAUUAUUUUGAAAAAAUAAAUUUUCUUAAAAAGA